CUUGUCUUCGUCAGGAAGCUACAUUUUAUUUCUAGCCUUUUAAUUUCGUCUUUGUAAAAGAUAUCUUGAUGUUUCAUAGCAUUGUAGAAUAUUAUGCCGAUAGCCAGGAUAGAUGUGGCUACUGCAAAAGUCCCAAUACAAAUUUCAGCCAUGGUAUGUGGGCACAUUCCAUGACUGUUAGCGACUAUCAAGAUCUCAUCGAUAGAGGCUGGCGGAGAUGUGGAAAAUAUUGUUACAAGCCGACUAUGGAUGUUACUUGCUGCCCCAUGUACACUAUAAGGUGUAGAGCAUUAGAAUUUAAAGCUACAAAGUCUCAGAAGAAAGUAUUGAAGCGUUUCAAUAAAUAUUUAGUGGGACAAGGUACAAAUGAGAAAUCUGAGUCGACCGGGGAUGGCAACAGGAAGAUGUCUACUUGCAGUAGUGAGGCUGACAUGGCAGAGGGAGUGGAACAAUUCCUGGAGAGUACAAAUGUGCCACAGAAUAUAAACAUUAGCAACAUUGUAAAGGCAGAUGAAGAUGAGGCUUUUGCAGAUGCUAAAGAGCAAUCUAAAGAUGAACCAAAUGUAGCAAUAGAAUCUGCUUCUAAGCCAGUAAGCAAUCCAUUAGAUAAAAGUAAGCCAAAAGAAAUUAAUAAAGGUGAAGGCUAUGACCCAGCGAAAGCUCCAAGUAAAAAAGCAAAGCAAUUAAGAUUGGAGAGGAAAAUGGAGAAACUUAAGGAAAAAGGGAUUGAUAUUAACUCUUUGUCCAACAAAAACAAAAAUAAGGAUAAAGAAGUAGAGGACUUUAUAAAUGAAUUACCCGAUGAUGUCAAACAGAAAUUGGAGAUAAAAUUAGUGAGAACUGCACCUCCGAGCCCUGAAUGGGAGGCAACUAUGAAAGAGACUUGUGAAGUUUACGCCAAGUAUCAGACAAUCAUACAUAAUGACAAACCUGAGAAAUGUACACCAACAAAGUUCCAAGGCUUUUUAGUGCAGAGCCCAUUGCUGGAAGAACAUAGUGAAUCUGCCCCCCCUUGUGGCUAUGGCUCUUUCCAUCAACAAUAUUGGCUUGACGGAAAGCUCAUAGCCGUUGGUGUUAUAGACAUACUACCCAAGUGUGUCUCAUCCGUUUAUUUCUUCUACGACCCAGCGUAUACACAUCUUACACUGGGCACUUAUGGAGCUUUGAGGGAGAUAGCAUUUACUAGACAGCUGCAGUCAGUCAGUCCCGCGCUAAAGUAUUACUACAUGGGCUACUACAUCCACUCCUGUAAGAAGAUGCGGUACAAGGGCAACUUCUAUCCUUCAGAUCUAGCGUGCCCUGAGACUUAUAAGUGGUUCCCGUUAAAGGACUGUAUUCCUAAGCUCGAAGUAACGCCAUAUUCUAGACUAGACCCGGACAUUGAUAGUGUUGACGACAAAUAUCCGAAAGAUGACGAUAUUAAUUAUGUACCCGUGUUGGCUAAAGGUGUUGUAAUGCCAUAUAAGACGUACAAGAGGAAAAGUAAGAAAAGUAACUUUGAAGAGCUAUUACUGCAGUAUUCACAAUUAGUUGGAGUGGUUUGUGCCAAGCGGAUGAUAAUAGUAAGUCAAUAAUGAAGUUACUAUAGAAAAUGUUGUUCUUUCAAGUUAAUUCCCACCUUCAAUGUACUGUUUGUUCUUUGUACUUAAAUAGUGUUUUGUGAUGGAAUAAUAUUUAGUGUUAACUACCUUCGCCAUUUACUAGUAUUUUACGGAUUGUACCCGGGUGUUAACGCAUUUAUCGAUGCCGCAUCAGCAUAAACAG